CCCCAUUCACGCAAGAUACCAGUUCCUUCAAGGUCCAAACCCCAAACGCAAUAAAAAGUUUUGAAUUCUUACUCUCAGAGAUGAAGCAGUUAGAAACGCCGGCGACAGUGAAACCAACAGCCAUGUCGACGAACGCCUCAAUCCCAUCUCGGUAUAGAGCCAGAACUCCUAAGGAAGCGCCUAAACUGGAAGCAAGACCAAAGACAGUGCCUCUGGAUGGUAAUAACGGUGGGAAAAUUGUAAGGUCUCUAGGGGUAUCUAAGCCCAAGUCCGGUGAGCAGCAGGUCGUGGGGAAGGGGAGCAGGGAGGAUGUUAGAGUGGUGGAGCAAUUUGCACGGCCUAAGCGGUCGUCAACUGCGGGGUCUCGUAGGAAGAGUGAUGGGGGUGCAGUGGAGGAGAAGAAAAACAAGGAGUUGAGUGAUGCUUUGGUUAAAGAUUUGCAGGCUGAGGUUUUAUCUCUGAAGGCAGAAUUGGAUAAGGCACAGAGCUUGAAUGUGGAGUUGGAGGCCAUGAAUAGGGAGCUUGCUCUGAAGCUUGCUGCUGCUGAAGCAAAGUUAGCAUCUUUUGAAAGCCGCAAGAGGGAGUCAAUUGGAGGAGAGUACCAGAGCCCUAAAUUCAAGGACAUUCAGAGACUCAUUGCUUGCAAAUUAGAACAGCCUAAACUGAAAAGAGAGGCAAUCAAAGUGUCAAGACCUGUUGAAACAAUACCUCCAGCCCCAGCGGUCCGUCAUCCCAUUGUCAAAGCAGCUGAUGCAGAAAAGAGUACACCACUGAUUUCAACCCUCCCAACACCUCCUCCUCCACCACCUCCACCCCGGCCCCCAGCCAAAGUUGCUAUCAUUCCAAGGGCUCCUUCAACUGUACAAUUAUGCCACUCUUCAACAAAGCAAGCGUGCAAAAGUGACCGUCCACCAGCUGGGAAUCACAAUAAACCCCCAGUCAUUAGUGUACACAGUAGCAUUGUCGGUGAAAUUCAGAACCGUUCAGCUCAUCUGCUCGCUAUUAAAGCUGAUAUUGAAACAAAAGGAGAAUUCAUCAACAGUCUCAUCCAAAAAGUUUCAGAUGCUGCUUAUACAGAUAUAGAAGAUGUCCUGAAGUUUGUGGAUUGGCUUGACAAUGAACUUCUGUCUUUGGCUGAUGAGAGGGCUGUGUUAAAGCAUUUUAAGUGGCCAGAGAGAAAAGCAGAUGCCAUGAGAGAAGCUGCCUUUGAAUACCGUGAUCUCAAAUUGUUAGAACAUGAGAUUUCUUCCUACAAGGAUGACCCUAGCAUUCCCUGUGGAGUUGCAUUGAAGAAGAUGGCUGGGUUACUGGACAAGUCUGAGCAGAGCACAAAGAGGCUAAUUAAGCUCAGAAAUUCAGUCAUGCGUUCUUAUCAGGAUUGGAAAAUUCCAGUUGAUUGGAUGCUCGAUUCAGGAAUCAUGAGUAAGAUAAAGAAGGCUUCAAUGAAACUGGCUACAAUGUAUAUAAAGAGAGUGGCAAUAGAGCUUGAAUUUGCCCGCCGGUCAGAUAGAGAAUCUACUCAAGAAGCCCUGCUGCUUCAAGGCAUGCAUUUUGCAUAUAGGGCUCACCAGUUUGCCGGAGGUCUUGAUUCAGAAACAUUGUGUGCGUUUGAAGAGAUCAGGCAGCGUGUCCCAAGUCACCUGUUAGGGUCCAAAGAAUUGUUGGCUGGCAUACCAUUAUCAUGAAGCCAGUCUGUUAAAUCUGGUUUAGGUUUUCCUUGAGAAUUAGUGAUGAUCAACUUCUGUUGCUCAUUUUGUCUCACUCCCAAAUUUGUAAUAGAAUUUGUAAAAGAUUGAGAUUCAAGCAAUAUAAAGAUAGCAAGAGUUCCAGAACUGGGGCACAAGGGUGAAUAAGGUUCUUAUCAUUUU